GGAUGAGAAAUAUACACGAGAAAUUCUGUGGGUAAAGUAGGCUGUUUUAAUCUGUUGAGGCUCGAGCGGAUUUAUACCGCGAUUUGAUACUUGAGUCUUAUAAGUCACAUACAGCAUGCACCUCACGUAUCAUGACCAAACCAACUACAUCAAUCCCAUUUGAAAUUGCUGCAAAUAUGGCGUAUAGCAUAUCUUCCGACCAACGAGCAUUUUUUGAGAAGAAUGGUUAUCUGAUUCUCAAAGACGUCCUAUCUAGUGAUGAGACUAUAAAAUUGCAGAAAUGGGCUCAAGAAGUUCAUGAUCUACCCCGCACCGAGGAUACCCCAUGGAUGCCAUAUGAAGAAGUCAACAAAUCUGGAAAAUCCGUACUAUGCCGCACGGAAAACUAUGCAAAUUACCAUGCGGAUUUCAAUGGAUUGCUCCGAGGAGACAAGAUUCUGGGAAUACUUUGCCAGUUAGCUGGGGAGGACAUGCUGCUUUUCAAAGAGAAGAUCAAUUAUAAGCUCGCCGGCUCCGGGGGAUUCGCGCCACACAUCGAUAGCACAGCAUACACUCAUGUGAAGAACAUCAAGCAUUUGACGAUACUCGUUUCCGUGGACGAGUCGAACAUGUCUAAUGGCGGCCUCGAAGUGGUUGAAGGUAGCCAUCUGAUGGACGUCCCCAUCGCGAAGGCGGAUAACUGCAUUGAGCCAUCGUGGGCAGGCGACCACACUUGGUUGCCCGUCGAACUGGAAGCCGGUGUGUAUAUUCUGAACUCAAUUCUGGGAGUGUCUAGCUAAUCAUGAUAUGCUGCAGGCCAGAUUCUCAUCUUUGGCUCUUACCUUGCACACCGUAGUGGUGCCAACAAAAGCAGCUCAGAUCGCAAGGCUAUUUAUGCGACUUAUAACUGCAAGAGUGAAGGAGAUUUGCAUGAUGAUUACUAUGCUGACCGUGCCAAACUGUGGCCAGCUACGCACAAGAGACAGGGGGGGAUGAAGUACGAGGAGGGUGCACUUAGAUAUGGCUUUGGAAGCCCAAUGUUGACCGUUGAUUCAGGGAAGCAG